AUGAUGCGCAUAUUUGCAUUGGCUUUGGAUGUCCCCGGGACGUUUUUUGACUCGAAAAUCCGAAAUCCGGGAAUCACAUCGAGGAUGAUGCACUAUCCACCCCAGCCCGUGGGGGAGAGGCGCGAAGGACUCGGGGCUCAUACAGACUUCGAGUGCUUUACUAUUCUUUCCCAGGGCAAAGCACCUGGACUGCAGGUUCUUAAUUACGGCGGCGAGUGGGUCCUGGCACCCCCUAUCCCGGGUACAUUAGUUGUGAACAUUGCAGAUUUUACAUAUUCACAGGACAAACAAAAACUUCAAGUCUACGAUCCAUCGAGUAGCCAAUCUAUCGGGCGAGGAGCGAUAUUCAAUCCCAUUCUUUUUGGAAUUGACUACUAUGCCACCGUGUCUGUCCUGGAAAAUCACACAUCGAAAGACAACCCACCAUGCAGAGCCCCUUUCAAAGCUGGCGAGGAUCCUACUGACUCUCUGCAGUGGAUACGCGAGAAGAUAUCCAAGGCUUAUGUUGGGUAUGAAGGGUAG